AUGUCGAGUCAUUCACAUAUGAUGAAAACCACCCGGAGGGGGAGACCGUUUGUCAAAGACAUUCACGAUCUCUUCUCCACCCUCUUCAUCAGUCUUGAGCUCGGCAACCAUAGGAGUUUCUUCAAAACUUAUCCUUACUCUUUCACCACCGACGAAGCAGCGGAGAACCUGUCUUCUCUCAAAUUUUCUCAAUCACAACGUUCCGCAGACCCCAAAGAUCCAUCCCGGAUCAUCACGACUACAACCACAACGACCUUCUCAAUGACUCGCGAAAUGGCUCGUGGGAUCUUACAACAACUCCUCGAUGCUCAUCUCAUCGAGAACGGUCCUGACCUCCCAUCCACUACAUUCAAAGAAAGAGGUAUAUUCAUGGCCACCCCCAAAGGUUUACACAUCCUUGAAAGGUUCAUAACCAAGAACGGUAUCUCCGCUGACAACCUACUUCUCAUCUUUGCCCAUCAACCUAUUGCGAUGAAACUUCUUCAUCUCGAACGUCGUAGUCAAGAUGACGAGAUCAUCAUCACUAAAUCAGUCAUCGAAGUUUUGUUCAGAAGAUUUUUAGGGAUCAAAGAACCUAAUCUCGUCACCAUGUCAGACGAUGACUUACAAAAGUAUAACACCCUUCGAUGGUAUAACAAAGGUGAUGCGGAGAAGAUUGAAGAGCUGGACAGAAGUUUGGGUAUGCCAUUGAGAAAGGCUCAGGUGCAAAAUGGCAAAAGUACAACGGAGGAAUAUCAAUUCUCAGCGAUACUCGCCGCUGAAUGGCUGUUGGAUUACUCGACUUGCGUCGGAUUGGAUGAAGCGGCAGAAAUCGCAGCUCAUUUCGUGCGAUAUGGUUUGAUCGCAUUGGUCAGCGACAAGGGAAAAGUCAAAGAUGGUAACACGGUGCAAGAAGCUGAGUUCCGAGCCACCGACAAGGCUAUCUAUCGAAUCACCAAAGAUGGUCUCGCUCUAGCUAAAUGGUCCGACAACAAGACGUCCAAUCCCUCUGCGACAAUCUCUAAACCCAACCUUCAUUCUGCCGACUCUACUACCUCCACCCAAUCUCUCUCUAAAUCUCGUGCUUCUCACUCAACCGAAGAUUCCCGUGCGACGGAAUCAGGAAACCUCACUCGUCGUCCAUCCCUUUCUGGUAACCUCCGUGAAGGUGGAGAUGAGAAAGACGUACAUCUCAAAGAUUCUCAUACUGCCAGACUUAAGCAAAUCCUUGAAGAACCUGCUCUACGCAGUUUGUUCAGAGAGUUCUUAAGGGUAAACUUUUGUGAAGAGAACCUUAGUUUCUGGUUGGAUGUACAGGAUUUGAAGAGAAGGUUCAAUACGACUAGUAGUGCUGUGGCUGCGCCGUCGGGAAAAGGAAAACCGGCAACUCAGGCUAUGGAGAAACAUCAUCAGGAAUUGAUUGCUAUGGCUUUUGUCAUUUACAACACUUUCCUCGCCCCUGCCUCUCCAUGCGAGCUCAACAUCGAUCAUAACCUCCGCGCAGAGUUGAUCUCAUAUAUGAACCAAGUGACUACCGACAAGGAGGCCGCUGCCAAAGGUCAAAUGAGUGCCGAAGCAGCUAGCACCAUGCACGCCAGUCAGAUACAGACAAUGGUCAAAUUGUACGAAAGGAUUCAAGGGUAUAUAUUCAGGUUGAUGGCCACUGAUUCGGUGCCGAAGUUCUGCAAAACCGAACGUUUCCUCAACCUCAUGCGAACGGUAUUCGACUAUAACGAGAAGUUUGAAGAUCCUGAUAAUUUGUUUGGUCCCGCUAAAGGUGUACCUCAAGUGGACGACGUGCAGCCGAGUCCUACCAGGGCGUACAUGACUAUCUCCCAGGUGAGUCGAUGA